UGUCACUUCCUUUUUCAUGAACAUCACUCUGACAACUUCACUCCUUCACUCUCAGAUAUUUCUCUGAUAUGAAUAUCCUCUCUUCCCCUUCUCAUCUCCUUUUAUAUCUCACUUCUUCAUGCACUUUCAUUCACACCUACACCAUCUCUCUCUCUCUCUCUCUGUCUCUCUCUCUCUCUCUAAUUAACUUGCUAGCUUUGUUUGCAUCUCUUUGUUUUCUUCUUGUUUGGAAUCCAUCAUGGAACCCCAACACCAACACCAACAACCACAUCCGAAUGAUGAUAAUAGUAGCGGUGGCAGUGGCAAAGGAAGCUUUCUUUGCAGGCAAAGUAGUACACGGUGGACUCCCACCACUGACCAGAUUAGAAUAUUGAAAGACCUUUACUACAACAAUGGAGUUAGGUCCCCAAGUGCUGAUCAGAUUCAGAGGAUCUCUGCUAGGCUUAGACAGUACGGGAAAAUCGAAGGCAAGAAUGUCUUUUAUUGGUUUCAGAACCACAAGGCUCGUGAGAGGCAGAAGAAAAGGUUCACCUCCACACCUGAUAUUCUCCCCAUGCAAACACCCAUUCUUGCAAAUGCUACCAGGAAACCUGAUGAUUCUCUUCAUAAUCAUAAAUAUCCCACCAUAACUCCUGGUUAUGCUCCUUCAUCUCCUCCUUCAACUGGUGUGCUUACUGUUGGGCAGAUAGGACACAAUGGCUAUGGAUCUAUGACCAUGGAGAAGAGUUUUAGGGAUUGCUCGAUAUCAGCGUGUGGUAGCAGCAGUGGUGGUGCAAGCCACAACUUUGGGUGGGUUGGCAUGGAUCCUGCAUAUACAACAUCAUCUUAUGCUUUCUUCGACAAGAAAAAAUUAUUUGGAGAAGAACAAGAAGGUGAUGAAGAAGAAGAAGAGGAAGAAGGAGCGGCUGUUGCACCACAUAUUGAAACCCUUCCUCUCUUCCCCAUGCACGGCGAAGACAUCAAUGCUUUUUGCAGCAAUAUGAAGCCUCAAUCUGCAGAUAGCUGCUACUCUAGUUGGUACAGGUCUGAUGAUGGCUACACCGCCUCUCGUGCUUCACUUGAGCUCAGCCUCAACUCCUACAAUGCCAGAUCACAGGAUUCGAUCUGAUGCAAAAUCAAUCUUCGUAUUAAUCAUGUUACUAUAAUUGAUGAUGUCCACUGGCUUCUUUAAUUAGGUAGCUAGAAAUUAUGGCUUUAAUAUUGUGGUGUAACCUAUCAGUUCGUCUCUUGUUGGGGCAUGGUAAAGAAAUUAACUUAAUUAAUGAGCAUCUUGUUUGUUUUCUUGCCAAGAAUAUGGACA